UGUCAAGCGACCCACCCAGCAGCAGUGUCACAGUAGUACGCUGUGCUCUCGUAUACAGCGGGUGAAUGGUGUCCCGGGUACAAGUAAAUUUGUUCAGCGACGUUUCUGACGUUUGUUAAUCGGUGCAUCGUCGGAUCCUGCGUAAAAGAUCGCGGUGAAGCGAUAUCGUCAAGCAAGGAAUCUCGACGAACAUCUUAUCGAGGGAGUUUAAAAAGGGUCAGCCAAGGAAGGAAAGAUGAAGGGGAUGCUGGUGCCUGCACUGCUGGGCGUCUUGAUGGUCUGCCGGGUCCAGGCAGUGUCGGAGAGGCUCGAGUUGGCACCCGCUGGAGGAAGAUCAGAGCCCCAGGUGGCCACGUUAUGCGAAGCUGGAGAGGUGUAUCUGGCACAACACAUGGGCGAACAGGGUCGUUGGGUUUCCUCGACCGACAAGAAGAGCUGCAUGACAGACAAGUUAGAGAUCCUCGAAUAUUGCAAGAAGGCAUACCCGAAGAGAGACAUUACCAACAUCGUCGAGUCCUCGCACUACGUGAGGGUUAGUGGAUGGUGCAAGCCAGGAAGGACUAAAUGUAAAUUGUCGCGUUGGGUGAAGCCUUACAGAUGUCUCGAGGGACCGUUCCAAAGUGAUGCGUUACUCGUGCCAGAAGGUUGCCUCUUCGACCAUCUCCACAAUCAGACAAAAUGUUGGGAAUCUCACCGAUGGAACACAACCGCGGCAGACACCUGCAGAGAGAGAAACAUGAACCUGAGGAGCUUCGCGAUGCUGCUACCCUGCGGUAUAUCCUUGUUCUCUGGUGUCGAGUUCGUGUGCUGCCCGAAACACCUGAAAGAGAAUAUGAAAGCGAAGAAACCGAUCGACUUACCGAUUCCGAAAGGCGUGGACGAGGACCUGGACGAGGACGAGGACGAUCUUGACGACGAGGAUGACAUGGAUGCCGACGCGGACGACGAUGACGAUUCCGAUGCUGAUUCCGAGGACGUGCUCAACGAUCAACCCGACGAUGACGAGAGCGACGAAGAGUAUCUGGAUGAUUACGACACUACGACAAGUCGAUUACCAACAACGAUUUCAACGACGGAGAAGCCGAAACUGGACGCCACCGCGAUGCCGCUACCGGUCAGCACCAGCACGCAACAAUCCCCUCAGUCUCAGAGCACACCUGAUCCGUAUUUGACUCAUUUCGACCCUCGUUCUGAACACCAGAGCUACAAGCAAGCACAAAUGAGGCUGGAGGAGGUGCACAAGGAGAAAGUGACAAAAGUGAUGAAGGACUGGAGUGAUCUCGAGGAAAAGUAUCAGGACAUCCGUGCGCACGACCCGGUCGCUGCUGACGCGUUCAAACGAUGGAUGACCACGCGAUUCCAGGAGACUGUUGCUGCUCUCGAGGAAAGCGGGGCCGCUGAGAAGCAUCAGCUUAGCGCUAUGCAUCAACAGAGAGUCCAGGAAGCCGUCAAGCAAAGAAAUGACGAGGCAAUGUCGUGCUACACUGCUGCUCUGAACGAGACACCACCAAACAUGCAUCGUAUCCAGAAAUGCCUGCAGAAACUUCUUCGAGCUCUGCACAAAGAUAGACAUCACACGAUCGCCCACUACAAACACCUGCUGGACAGCAGCUUGGAACAAGCUCAGCGCGAAAAGCCAGCCACGUUAGAACACUUGGCGGAAAUCGAUAGAAUCACCAAUCAGAGUCUCUUGAUGCUAGAACGGUAUCCUGAUUUAAGCGCGAAAAUUGGCCGCCUUAUGGAUGAUUACGUUUUGGCCCUCAGGAGCAAAGAUGAGACUCCAGGACUGCUGUUAGCGAUGACGCGAGAAGCGGAAGCAGCCAUUUUAGAUAAAUAUCAGGCUGACGUUACCAGCAAACAGCAGGAAAAAGAGCAUCAGAAGCAACUUGAACGAGCACGCAAAGAGCAACGCAAAGCAGAACGUGGAGAAUUACGUACCGAACAGGCGCAGCAAGAAGAGAAUGACUCGAUAAAUGAUAAUAAAGAUACUGAACAACAACCAGAACAACCGUCAGCAGUAGCCGCUAUGCACAGCGAAGGACUGAUUAGGGCAGCACAUAGUAUGACACAUGACAUUUCUCAUUCUGAACCGGGUUACUCUCUUAGAAGGGAGGCUUAUCACAGGGAAAGUCGAUCCGUCUACUUCACACUUGCGUUUGCUGGAAUUGCACUUAUGGCUGCUGCGAUCGUAGGUGUCGCGGUAUUUAAAAGACGCAGUGCAAGGAGCCCCCACAGUCAGGGUUUCAUCGAGGUUGAUCAAGCAGCUACACCGGAGGAACGGCAUGUCGCGAACAUGCAAAUAAACGGAUACGAAAAUCCUACAUACAAAUACUUUGAAGUUAAAGAAUAAUCGAAUCACCUUGGUCUACAAACAUUUUAAUUUUGAAACUGGUCUUUAAUUGUCCGUUCUUCAAGAAUCUCAUAGUAUUUUGUUAGUGUAAGAUAUCUUUCAGAUCCGAGGUUCUUCCGAAGAUUGAGAAAAGAAAAAGAAAUAUCCAGCAAAAAAAAAAGAAAAACAGUAUACAAAUUUACAUCUUACAAUUAGUGAUAUAUGGAAAUAAAAUCUGUCCAUAGGGAGAUAGGUAUAUAUCGCGAAAACGGAGUAUCAUUGUUUCGUCGUCUCUUUAUAUCGCUGGUGGUGUACCACGACCAUAUUUAACGAUCUACGAUAUGUAUAAAGCAAUGUUAUAAUUAGAUAUAACAUUUAAGUAGAUAGAAAUGAUAUGAGUUUAUUAUCUGCUCGUACCAUGAGAAAUUAUCUACGGGACAAUGUGAAAGGAAAACAACACGCCAAUGUGCCAUAUUAUGGAAAAGCGAGAUAAAAAGAUAAUUGUCUUCGGAAGUAUCUCAUACACGUUGUUUUCGUUUCGUUGUCAUUUACAAUGUUACCGAGAGAGCAACGAAACGCAGAAAGUAGCGCUGGCAAUAAUGAAAAUCAAUUAUUACACUCGGUAAUAUCACUCGAACCGGUGAGUAUAUUUAUAAUAAAACAGAACAAUCUCUCAAUUGGUUUCAAGUGAUUUGCAAACGAGAGAACAAUACGAGAACACGACGUCUCACCGACACAAGCGUUCACGGUAUGCGUGGCAGUUGCGCUCUUUGCUGUAAUUUCUGAGUUCUGAUAUUUUUGGAGGUAGUAAAUGGCAAUAAUGGUUACGCAGCUUAAAUAAACUACGUGGAAAAAAAAAAAAUAAAAUAAAAUAAAAGUGGUAGCAGCGGUAGCAGCUUGCACGGCGGCAACAUAAAUGUAUAAUCCGAUUUAAGAAAAAUGAAAAAGAGAAAAAAUGUAAAAAAAAAAAAAGAUGGCAUAUUACCUAGCACUAUACGCGAAAGAGAUUAAUUAACGCUAUGACACUCUUUAAAAAUAUCAGAACGGCGAUCGAUGCACGUUCACCUUCGUGAUGCAGCUGUUUUUUCAUCUCCGUUCGAUUCCCACUGCCUGAUUUUUUCAGCGACCUUUCAGUACUUAACGUCUACUUAGAUUAUACAACUUUAUACUUAAGAGAUUAAAAAGAAGAGAAGAAAGAAAAAUCAUGAACGUAUCUAAAGUUUAAAAAAACAAAAGGAGCAAGAUAUUUUAUCAUUCCAUAACACAAGAGUCCACGAUAUCUUAUCCGAGGUGCUGUCCGAAUGUAAUGCACGGAAAAUAUUCGAUAGACUUGUUCGACUUGGACGAAUAACGUUCGUUGGGAAAAACGAACGAAAUCGGAAAGAGUCACGCCGAGGCUGUCGAAUAAGAGGAACAGUUAACUGGAGUUUUUUUGAGUGGCAUUAGUACCUCCGAUUUAGGUCGAAUAAGUGGCAACUAUUUAAAGCAAGCGUUUCUCUCCUAUUUUCUUUUCAUUUUUUUUUUUUUUUUAUUUUUCUUUACCAUUUCAUCGUUCCUUUUCGAAAGAUGGUUCAUACAAUAAUUAUCUUAGGAUAUUAAUAUAUAUUAUAAUAUUAUAUAUAUUAUAUAUAAUAUAUAUGAACGCGUAUAUAUAUUAUAUAUAUUAUAACGAUAAUAUAUUACAUGUUUAAUGCUUAUAUAUUUGUAUAUGGUCAAAUGGUAGUAGGCUGCACUUUAGCCAGGGUCGCGUGGGAAAGCAUAGCUUUCAAUGAUACAAGAUUUAUUUGCAUGUUUUAAUUUUAAACUGUACAUUAUUUUUAAUCGUAUCCAGUCGAACGAAUCGUUCUGUAUGUACAAUUAAAACAGUCUUUAGCCGUACAAGUAUUAAGGUGACCUUAACUUCUUACCAAUUUUCUGUGAACGUUGUAAUUAGUUAUACCUAUACAUAUAUCGUAUUUGUUUAAUUUCUGCGAGAAAUAAAUUAAGCGCUAUAUGCGCAAACAGAGGACACUGAAUAUCCUUGGAUUCCUAUAAGCGCACGUGAAGCAGCUGCCUUCCUAUUUAACAUAAAAUAAAAAAAAGUUUUGUCUCACGCAACUCCGGUGGAAGGAUGAGCCGAUAAUAAAAAAAAAAGAAAAAAAAAAUAAGUAUGUAUACACAGGCACACACAUUCGCGCAUCGCUAAGUGUUAAAAAUAUUUUAGAUAUAUUAUAAAAUGAUAGCAAUUAACCGUAAUGUCUAUGGAUACAACAAAAGCAUAGCAUCGAUGCGUUAAUAAUAAUAUUCCAUGUACGCGUGUGUGUGUGCGUGUGUGUGUAAUAUAUGAACAGAAUAUAUACAUAGAUAUAUACAUGUAUACCUAUCAAAUUAACUAUACAUUAUGUACCUAUAGCAUAUAGUCGUUGAAACGAGAAGGAAACCAUUGACACGUCGCGUGUGUAAAACCUGACUUGAUACGAAUUCACAGAUGUUGAAGAGUAUACAAUACACGUUAUAAUGUUUUUUCUUCGUUCAGACUAGACACUGUACUUUUUUUCGAUCGUGAUUUCUAUCAGUUGUAAAAAAAAAAAAAAAAAGAAAAAAACGAGAAUAAAACAAAGGUGGUAUGCGAUCAUAUAAUGAUUGACCUACGUUAACGGAUGUGUUUUUGCUAAUCGUAUCUCUAAUGAUGAAGCACCUUUGAGCUAACAAUGUUUAUCAAUCUACGUUGAUAAUAUACAGGUGUACAAUCAGGGCCGCCCAGGGGCCCCCAUAAAAUAAUUUUGCGUCUAAGAAUGUUUACUUGAAUAUUAAUCGAAGUAAAUGCAAAUCUAAAUUAGUUAUACAAGCUUUUUAUUAAUUUUAUAAAUUUUAUUUGAGGUACUUUUCUUUAUGUCAUAUAUGUGAAGGGGCCCUUUUUCGGAGCUCGCCUCGAACCCCCGAAAUCUCUGGACCGGCCCUGUGUACAAUCUUCACAUGAAAAGAAAUGGGAAAAUUUAUUUAUCACUUAUCAAUUUGUAGCUUUCUUUUCAAAAUGUACACAAGAACUGGAAGAUUAACUUCCGGUGCGCGCGCAUUUCGUUGCAGUAAAAAUGGACGAAUGGAGAAAUUCCAUUCGUGAGUUUCCAGAGUUUGAAGAAGGACGAGGUUGAAUGAUCGGUUUGUGUCAGUAUGCGUGUGUAUUUGUCUUUUUACACGCCUUUGUCUGAAUACUGACUUAGGACAAUACAUCGACUAUCUGUUUAAUCGUCAUCUGUUCAAAUGGCGCGCGCCAGAAUUCGGUUUUCCGGUUGUUUAUAGACUUUGAAAAUGAAGGCGCAGAUUGCGAAAUAAUAAAGAAAUUUUCAAUUGCGCUAAUUGUGAAUAAUCUAAUAAUGCUUUUACAUAGCGAACGAAGGAAGAGGUUAGGUUAUUUUAACGACGACCGUGGCCGCGGGGAAUAAAAAAGCUAACGGUAGCUGGAGAUGCCCCUUUGGAAGCAUAUCAGUUUAGGUCUGUUAAUUUGACAAUGUCAUCGUCAUCAGACUUCAAGAUAUUGUGAAUUUGCAUCGAGCCACCCUGUAUAAGUUUAAGAAUUGAUUUUUGUAAAGAGGUAAUAAAUAUCUACCGAGAUAAUUAACUUUAGCUUAAAGAAGAAAAAAAAGACAAAAGGGAAAAACGCGAGAAGUGAGGAAACGAGAGAAAAAAAAAAAUAAGGAACAAAAGAAUAUAUACGUCCUUUGCAUAGCGGUUUGGAUUUAGAAGUCGGCGAAAUGGGAAAUAAUAACGGAACUAAACUUUAUUUUUGCAGUUCUUUCAGUAUAAUAUCGAUUCGUACGAUUCUAUCGAUUUUGCGUCUUCAAACCUUGAUAUUGCAACAAUAACUAGAGACAUGCGAGAGGUCCGAUUAAUAAAUAUACAUAUGUGCAAUAUUGAUACUCGGGUAUACGCCUACACGCAACUCUGUUUAGUUUUCGAUCUUACGUUCCAACAUCCGUCGACGCUUAAACAAAGCGAUUUCACGCUCAAAUCAAAGUUCUCUCCGAUAUCGCUACAUUUCGCUGCGACGUAGAAGAAAAACGCGCUGACUUUGUAAGAAACAAUCAACACUAGAUGGAAUUAGUCAGUAUCUAAAUUCGAUUUUAAAAAAUUGACCUUUUAUAACGUCCAUCGGGUUGGAGAGAACGGAUAGAAACGACGGAUAAAGAAACACAAUUUGGGUUAUAUAAACUCAAUAAAUUACAUUCUUUUUUUUUUAAAUAAUUGUAGGAUCGGAAACUACACGUUUGCCAUGGAACGUUUCCAUGACGUUCUUCGACGAGUAGAAAAGUUACUAAACCGGAGGAUUAAACUAAUCCCCCUGUAUCCCACUAUUUCCAUCACACAAGGAUUUUCUCCUCGCCACUCACAAAUUUUAUCGCAUUAUUACACUCCGUGAAAAGAACGUAUUGUGUUUGUGGAUAUAUGUAAUUUUACUUAUCAAUAAAUAAAUUACAAAGA